UUGUUAAACAUUAAAAAUUCUACUCUAUAAUUAAAUCAAAAGUUUAUUCUAAACAUACCAAAUUUACUAAUCAAGUCCCUCAAGUUCUUAGCCUGGCGAGUGGCGAACACUACUUCACCCAGUAUUUCCCUAGAACAAGCAAUGGAAAACGAAGAGGAUGCAGUCAAGAAGCAGCAAAUUAUUGAUGCUAGGGCUAGAAACAUUAGUCAUAAUGUUCGAUGCACCGAAUGUGGAAGUCAGUCUAUUGAAGAUUCACAAGCUGAUAUUGCUAUCCUUCUUAGAAAGUUGAUUCGUGAUGAAAUUCGAUCUGGGAAAUCUGACAAAGAAAUCUAUAAGAAGCUCGAGGAUGAGUUUGGAGAGACGGUGCUUUAUGCUCCAAAGUUUGAUUUGCAAACUGCUGCUUUGUGGCUUUCACCAGUUCUUAUUGCAGGCGUGGCUGCUGGAGGUUGGGCUUACAGGAAGCACAGGCAAAAGACAAAUGUGCACAUCAUGGCUUUAAAUCUUGUUAGAGGAGUUCCAUUGACACCAAAAGAGAAACAAACUAUGCUUGAAUUACUUACACCACCUCCCUCACAAGCAACAUCCUCUUUCUGGUGGAGUAGAUUUCAACGCAAAUAAGGGGAAAUACAUGAACCUCAAAUCUUCAAUCGAACUCGUUGCAUUUUUUGAGCCUGUAUAAAUGCCGAUAUAAACUUAAUUGCUGCUAUGAUUAGUGGUCGCUUAUCUAGCUCGCUUCUCACUACAGUUCUGUUUUGUGAUUGAUACGAUACGACUGUAACGUAAUGCUAAUGAUGGUUCAAUGUAUGACAUUCAGAUCUCGUUUAAAUUUUGGAAGGUGCAUGUUACUUGGUACAUAGAAGUAUAAUAUAUUGUUAGAAAGAUACCAAGUCAUCAAAGGGUAUGGGCCUGCCACUAUGUUGUGAUUCUUCGUACGAUUUAUUCUGUUGCUUGGAAUGUGUUGUUUUCACGAAUGAAUGCACGCUUGAAAAGGCACGUUCAAGAGAAUCACAUAUUUUUUCGGUUGGAACAAGUAUCAUAUUCUCAAAGUAAAGUUUUGAGUUUGAUUUUCACAUAACCUUUCUCUUCCCUUAGCCUACUAUGUAAUAAAAAAAUGCACUUUCAAAAUGCAUUAGCCAUUAUGAAAGUGAUAUGAAGAUUAAAGCUCUAAAUACGAGUGACAAACAUUUGCAUAAUUAC